AUGCAGACACAGCAGCAGCAACAACAGCUGCAGCAACAGCUGCAGCAGCAGCAACAGCUGCAGCAAUAUCUCCAGAAGCAGCACAAUAGCUGUAGCAGCAGCAGCAGCAGCAGCAACCGCAGCAGGAACAGCAGCAUCAACAGCUGCAGCAACAGCAACAGCAGUAGCAGCAGCAGCAACAGCAUCAACAGCUGCAGCAACAGCAACAGCAGUAGCAGCAGCAGCAGCAACAGCUGCAGCAGACAAAACAGCAGCUGCAGCAGCAGCAGCAACGCUGCUGCUGAUUGCAGCAAUAGCUCCAGAAGCAGCACAAUAGCUGCAGCAGCAGCAGCAGCAACAGCAGCAGGAACAACAGCAUCAACAGCUGCAGCAGCAGCAGGAAGAGCAGCAGCAACAGCUGUAGCAGCAGCAGCAACAGCUGUAGCAGCAGCAGCAACAGCUGUAGCAGCAGCAGCAACAGCUGCAGCAGACAAAACAGCAGCUGCAGCAGCAGCAGCAACGCUGCUGCUGAGUCGUUUGCUUAUUGCUGUGUAG